AUGGCGGCAACACAAACCGCCAUCACAACGCUCCAGCUAAAAGACUACGGCUCCUCCAACACAGCUGUACCUGUCAAUACCGGCACCGAAGCCGCCCGAGAUGUCACUUCAUAUACAUCCACAACCACCCGCCGACGCGGCGCACACCCAGCCCCGGCCAACGUAGACGACGACGAUGUCGCCAUCAUCGAAGCGUCUCGCGCGCUCGAUCAAGAGUGCCCCGACGGCGGCUACGGCUGGAUCAUUGUCCUCAGCGGCGCCAUGCUCAUGUGGUGGGCGUCCGGAACCACCUACGCCUGGGGCGUCGUCCAGCGCAAGCUAGUCGAGGAGCAUCUCGCCGGGCCCGCGACCCUCUCCUUUAUCGGCUCCCUGCAGGCCUCCAUGCCCGCCUGGUUCGCCGUGCUCGACGCCUUUGUCAUGCGCCGCUGGCUCGGCUCGCGGCGCCUCGCCAUGCUCGGCAUGCUCACCAUGGGUCUCGGUGGCGUCCUGGCCAGCUUCUGCACGAAAAGCGUGACGGGCCUCUUUAUCACGUUUGGCUUUCUCGCCGGCGCCGGCGGGAGCUGCGGCUUUGCCGUCGUGGCUGCCGUUCCCGCGCAAUACUUUCACACCCGCCGCGGCCUGGCCAACGGGCUCAUCUUUGCGGGGAGCGGAUUUGGCGGGGCGACGAAUAGCUUCUUCAUGGAUGCGCUGAUUCGCCACGUCGGCAUGGCCUGGGCUUUUCGGGUGCUGGGACUGGUGACGAUGGCGACUGGGGUUUUUGCCGGGUGGUUCAUGACUGAGCGGACAAAGAUUCCCGACAAGCGAUUUAUUGACAUGAAACUAUUCAAGAAUACAAACUUUACACUCUUGUGGCUGUGUGCUGCUGUCGGCAACUUUCCCAUUUUCGUUCCGCCCUUCUUCCUUCCUCUUUACAACCAAGCGUUGGGCUUUUCUUCAAGCACCGGAGCCGGUCUUGUGGCUGGCUUUACCCUGUCAUCAGCGAUCGGUCGCAUUCUGUGUGGAUUUUGCUGCGACAGAUUUGGUCCUGUAAAUGUGCUCCUAGCUUCGUUGCUGCUCUCUGCUUUCAGUAUGCUCGUCAUCUGGCCCGUCUCGCAAUCUCUGACUCCUCUUGCCGUCUUCUGCAUCCUCAAUGGUGUCUCAAACGGAGGCUUCUUUUCUUGCACGCCUACCGUCGCCACCAGUAUAUUCGGUAGUCAGCGUGUAAGUGUCGUCAUGGGCAUGAUUAUGACUGCUUGGGCCGGAGGCUAUCUUUUGGGCUCUCCCAUUGCUGGUUACCUGCUUCAAGCCUUUGGUGGAGCAGACGGUGGCCUAAAAGCGUACCGUCCCGCCAUGUUCUACGCCGGCGGCCUGGCUUUGAUCUCGGCCAUUUUAUUGGCCAUUGUCCGUUUCCGCCUUAACAAAAAGAUUCUUGCGGCCGUAUAG